CUCCUCUCCUGCUGCACACAGGCUCAGAGUCGGCACCAUGCAACUGAAUUUCAGAGGCCUGCCGGCCCUGGUGACAGGGGCAGGGAAAGGGAUCGGGAGGGACACUGUGAAGGCCCUGCACGCCCUGGGAGCCAAAGUGGUAGCCGUGAGCCGCACCGACACUGACCUAGUCAGCCUCUCCAAGGAGUGUCCCGGGAUACAGACCGUAUGCGUGGACCUGGCUGACUGGGACGCCACGGAGCGGGCACUGGGCAACGUGGGCCCCGUGGACCUGCUGGUGAACAAUGCCGCCGUGGCGCCACUGCAGCCCUUCCUGGAGGUCACCAAGGAGGUCUUCGACAGGACCUUCAAUGUGAACCUGCGCUCACUGGUGCAGGUGUCCCAGAUCGUGGCCCGGGGAAUGAUCCACCGCGGAGUGCCUGGCUCCAUUGUCCAUGUCUCCAGCAUGGUGGCCCAUGUCACUUUACCCAACCUAUCUGUCUACAGCUCCACCAAGGGCGCAAUAAGUGUAUUCACCAGAGCCAUGGCCGCAGAGCUGGGGCCAUACAAGAUCCGGGUAAACUCCGUGAACCCCACGGUGGUGCUGACGGCCAUGGGCCAGAAAGUCUUGGCGGACCCCGAGAUCGCCCGGAAACUGAAGGAGCGUCACCCCCUGCAGAAGUUUGCAGAGACGGAGGACGUGGUCAACAGCAUCCUCUUCCUGCUCAGCGACCGCAGCGCCUCCACCAGCGGCUCGGGCAUACUCGUGGACGCCGGGUACCUGGCUUCCUAGAGCGCCCGGCGCGGGGGAGCCGUCGCUCAGGGCACCAGGCCCGCCCCCCGC